CACCGGCAGUUCGCAUCAGACUAGCGUACGUGUUGCGUCUUGAUGUUCGUUAGCCUGUUUUUGGCAAAUGACUAUUCUUCUCUGUACAUUCAUUCAAAACAACGUACGUGCAAGUACCGUAUUGACAGUUUGACACGCGUUUCGUACGUAUCCGCGCAUUCGAAGACGUUAUCGUCGUGCGAACCGUGAACUGUGCCGUGGCAUUUUAUUUCACGCGAAAAAUUUAAUCGCAGUGUGUCGCGUAUAUCGAUAGACAGCGUAGUUGGGAACCGCAGUUCGAAAUCAACGUCUAUAACCAUACGGGUUUCGUACGUGUACCGGUCGAAGUGACAUUAGCGGAAACGGAAGGUAGCAGAUACUCUUUUGGCUCUAUCCACGGAACGCAUAAUAGUCGACGGAAUAAGAAAAUAUUUUCUCCGUUCUAAGAGAUAUUUGGGACAGUGUGUCAAGGUUGGAAAUUCUUCGAACUUACGUUGUGUCUUGGGUCUUUAUCACGUUUCACACGAUGUAACGGAACGCCUGAGCGGGAAGUAAAGGCUAUCGUUUAUGCAUCUGAAACGCGUUUGGAUCCGAUGGUAACCGCUCGGUUCGUCGAUCGAUGCCCCCUCGCGAUCCGUCUGUGUCUUCGUAUACGGAUUUCCUGCUGCGCCUGGAUCUAGAACACGGUGUCAAGGUCAAGAGAAUCCGAUCAAGAAUUCGUGUGCAUGUCAGACGUCCGUAAGCAGUAACAGCAGUCUGUAAACGCUUCUAGACGCUCGUCGAUACGUGACGUUUCAUCGUACGAGAAUCAGUGUUUUUCAAAGUUGUCGAUCUAACGUAGCGAGCAUUGUCAAGAUCGAACGAUUUUAGAAGAACGUUACCACGAUCGAAUAAGUCGUGACGACUCGAAGCUGAUGCGUAAUAACAAUAAUAAUAAUAAUAUUAAUAAUAAUAAUAAUAAAUAGCUUCGAAUGUAAUUCUCGCGUGAUCUAUCGAGCGUCUACGAAGGUCACCGUAUUUCUGCAGUUUUUUUCCAUCGAUGUGAGCUUCCAUUGGACUACAGGCUCGCGUACGAAGCGAUAAACUGACGUAGAUUUUGGCGGGUCAAGAAACGAACGCUACUAGGAAUUCGUCCGUGCUACGUGAUAAAAUAAUCGGUCUCUUUUUUUUCUUUCUAUUCUCCUUGUCUUUCUUUCUUCGUUUUUUUUACGCGCGCGUCCGAAGCAUCGUCUGCGAAGCUUCGAUCUCGCCGAGUGUUUGUUCACUGUUGGACGCAGAUAGAGAGGUUUCUUUAUCUGUACGCGAAGAAACAAGCGCGAUCGCGCAAGCAAGAUUAACCGGCGACCUGGCUAAUUUUAAUUCGCGCAACAAACAAGCAGCGAAGACGCGAUUGUCGCGCGAUAACGGCCAAACAUCGCCGCCGUAACGUCGAACGUCGCUGUUCGCGUGUUCUCCAAUAUGGCGAGUGACGCCGAAGACGAGUCCAGUAUCUCGAGUGGUUUCGUUGUCUUCUGAAUCGAACGUAUCCCGUUCCAAGUGUCGACUAUCGCGGUCGAAGGGCGCACAAUCGACCAUACAAAGUAUACCGUUUAUCCAGUGAAACGUUACGAGAGAUAUCAGACACGACCGAAUUUUUAUCAGACUUGGACGAUUGACAUUCAUGCGAACUUUACGAUAUGAGAAGCAAAGAUGACGAUCUAUCGUAUUCGAGGUUCUGUUUCGACUGUACAAGAAAAUUUCGACAUUCGCGCGGCCAUGCGAACCGGUUUGCACAUGGUUGAGGCGAAUCAUUAAGAGAAAAUUCGUUGGACACGGUAAACUAAACUCGUUUGGAAAAAAUGGCAACAUUGUGGAGAGAGCAACAGGAACAAGUAUACCUGCACCCUCAGCAACACCAAACGUUACAUCCGGGGAUCAUGGCCGAGCAAACUCACCAUCACCAUCAUCGAUCCACCGCUAUCACCAACAUCACCACCAUGGAUCUGCCAGUUCCAAGCAAUCCAAGAGCGUCACGGAACAUGGCAGAGAAACAAAGACGCGACAAUCUUAAUACGAAUAUCUCUGCGAUGGCAACGCUUGUACCUACCGUCGCCGAGAGUCCAAGGAAAAUGGACAAGAUAUCCAUCCUGAGGUUGGCAGCAGCCUUCCUCAGAAUGCGAUACACGGUCGGUCGUGGUACACUUGACUUCCUCCCUCGAGAGCUUGGCGAGCUGGACCUGGAAAAAUAUAUCGUCGAUAACUUGAUCGAAAGCGGGGGGUUCUUCAUAGUCAUCACGACAACCGGGAAGAUAGUUUACGUCAGCCGGCAGGUUCAGGAACACCUUGGCCAUACCCAGGCGGAUCUUUUAGGACAUUCGCUGUACACCUUCAUCCAUCCCAAGGAUCACGAGGAGUUAACGAAAAACCUCACCCCAGAUGAGAUGCAGGGAUUGGUGUCUUCGUCUACGCCGCAUAUCACCGAUGGGGUGAACGAUAAUUCCAAUUCGUCGGAAGAUUCGACAACACCGAAGAACGAUAGGAAACAAUUCAGAGAGCAGAGACGUGGCUUUGAACUUAGAAUGCUGCAUCAUACUGCAUCGAGGCGCGAGCACACGCGAUACGAAUGGUUCGAGAUCUCAGGAAUGCUCAGGCUGGCGGAUGCUUGCAAAAAUUCCGAUUCGAACCCCAAUCGAACGAAACAUCGAGAAAUCACAUCAACCAGCAACGAUAUCGUUUUCGUGGGUGUAGCGAGAUUGUUAAUGAGGCGUCCCAUUACCAAAAUAUCGAUCAUAGACGCGAAUAAGGACGAGUAUAUCACUCGACAUUUGGUAGACGGCCGGAUCAUUUACUGCGAUCACAGGAUAUCGGUAGUGGCUGGUUACUUAUCAGAGGAGGUGUCGGGUAUGAGCGCCUUCGGUUUCAUGCACAUGGACGAUCGUAUCUGGGCGAUGGUUGCGCUUCGUCAAAUGUACGAUCGCGCGGAGACUUGCGGAUCAUCCUGCUACAGACUAACUUCGAAAACGGGCGAGUCCAUUUAUUUACGCACCCAUGGAUAUCUAGAAGUUGAUAAGGAUUCACAAAUCGCAGUGUCUUUCGUAUGCAUAAACACACUAGUAUCGGAGGAAGAAGGUAUCAAGCUAAUGAAUCAAAUGAAGAAGAGAUUUUCUGCUACGAUUUCUGAGACUAUGAGAGCAAUGAUUCAGAAUGGCGACGAUGCAUCGAUCGACUUGGGCUCAGAUUCGCAACAUUCGAGAAGUAGUGUGGAGGAUCCCUCGCAACUAGAGGAUGCAAUUACGUAUCUAGUUAGCGAUUUAUCGUCGCCUCUUCCGGAGGAUCGCCUCACAGCAUCGCUUAUGCCAAACGAACAAUACGUAAAGGCUGCGAUGAUUUCGCAACAUUUACCGCCAGCUGCUGCUCAAGCUCGGAAACUGGGCAUUAAAAAGAUUAAUCAUUAUUUGAUGGUACAAGGCAAAGGAAAUCGGAAUCAAAAACAAGAGUCAAAAGCAAAUAAUAAUAAACACGAUUCCAAAGAGAGGCAAGACAAAUCAAAGCCACCUGAAGAAAAAAUAACGCUACGUGAAGUAACAAAACAGCACAAUCUUCAUGAUAAUUCACAAGACAACCAGAGUUCACCACAAAUGAACAGCAUAAUCACAACAAAAGAGUCGACUGUAGAAACAUAUAUAAGUACCCAACGAGAGUCUGGAAUGUCUCAUCUUGAGGCCUCUCAGAAUGUGAAUAUUUUGAGUCCUACUGCAGCUGUCAAAGUCUCUACAAAUGUUUCAAAUUCGCAUAAUCUAUGUAAAAUUAAAGUUGAACGUAACAUAGAUACAUCGACCGUGGAUUCAUACAUAAGUGCUCAACAAGAUUCUGGGAUAUCUCAUUUCGAGGUCUCUCAGAAUGUGGAUAUUUUGAGUCCUACUGCAGCUAUCAAGAACCCCAAAAAUGUUUCAAGUUCGCAUAAUCUAUGUAAAAUUAAAGUUGAACGUAACAUAGAUACACCGACCGUGGAUUCAUACAUAAGUGCUCAACAAGAUUCUGGGAUAUCUCAUUUCGAGGUCUCUCAGAAUGUGGAUAUUUUGAGUCCUACUGCAGCUAUCAAGAACCCCAAAAAUGUUUCAAGUUCGCAUAAUCUAUGUAAAAUUAAAGUUGAACAUAACAUAGAUGCUUAUACGCAUCAACAGAAACCUGUGAUGGAUUAUGUUGAAAAUAAUGUCGAUAACAAUAUUACAUCUGACUCGAAGAAUCUUCCACUGAAGAGGAUAUAUAGCGACGAAGAUACUAAUACAAGUUGCAGUAAAAAAAGACACAGUAACGUCCCUUACGCGUCAUCUGACUCAAGUGACGAUCAACAGAACGUUUCAUGCAAGUCUUUUAUUGACCAGGAAUUUUCAGAACUUUCAUCGGAUUUCAAUCAGUACAACAAUAUAAACCCUCAGUCGAUAAAUGUUGCGGAAUCUCCGAAUUCAAUUUUAAACGACGUCGUUGUCGAUUAUCAACAGGUGGAUUCUAGCGUACCGUUUAUAUCCCCACAUUUGGAUGACGAAUUUAACCGCCUUCAGGAUCUGAAGGACGAUCCGUUGCUGAAUCCAGGCCUGGGCACAAAUCCAGAUAUUAUAAUGAAAAUAAUUGAUGAUUUAAGAUAUGUACCGAUUCUUGAAAAUCCCUUCAAUGAAACGCAAGUACAACAACUACCUGAUAACAAUAUUAUCAAUAAAGAGAUAAAAAGGAAACAUCUUCAACUUAUGAAUAGCAUAGCAUUACAAGAAUCAGAGCUCAAUAAUAUUGAAAGAGACCUGAAAAAUCCAGUUUUACGAGCAAAAAGGGAAAGUUUAACACCACAAAUGGGGUCCAUACAGGCAGAACAUAAUAAGCAGAAACAAAUUCUUGAAACACUACAACAAGAUCAUAUGCAAAUAAACAUAAAACACAAUAUUGGUGUAUAAAAAUUUUUGGGAAUGCCUACAACACAGUUUCAAAAGUACUUCUAAACUUAACAAAUUGUUCCUUUAAGAAGGAAAGUGUUAUUUCAUCAAAUUCAUAAUAAUUAAAAGAUAAGUAUACUGAGAAGAAGUAUACAAUUGGUAAUGAUGUGCGUGUUGUUGCACAUCUAUCACACUGAAUAUUCCAAUGAAGUUUACAAUAACUUAUUCGUCUAUCAAUGACACAACGAUAAAGUGAAAGAAUAUGUAAUAACAAUCCAACAAUAUAGCGAGGUCGAUUUACGUUCUACGAUUUAAGAAGAGAUAAUAAUAUUUAUUAUCAGAGACAUCUAGUGAAAAUAAAGUGUCAGUUGAAAGAAUAUUUCAGUUCAAUAUUUUGUUUUCAAAUUGAACUAAGAAGAAAAAGCAUUGCAAGUAGGAAACAGACGAACUAAUUAAAAUACUUUACGUCGUGUGUAUGCAGAAUUUUUAAAACGCAUUACACAUCGCCUAAUGUUUGGCGUAAAUAUGAACAAUUUAUGUAUUGUAAGUGGUGAGCGUGUUUGACAUUUUUAACGGUCCAGUGUUGCGCAGUUUUCAAAUUUUAUCAUAGCGAACUUGUGUAUAGUGUAAAACCAAUUUUGGAUGAACAUACCAUUUCUUUAGCCUUCAGGACCGUUUGUGCUCACCCGUUGUUCUCGAUUGAGAACGAAAACUAUUUCUACGUCGAAUAGACUAGAAUAUGUAUAUGUAUGAAUGGAUUUCACCAAUUCUGUUUAAAUUGUAAUAAUUAUCGAAAUUCGAUUUAAUCCAUACUAAUAAAAGCAAGAUGGUAGUACAAAAUUUCUGUUUUGAACGAAAAAAACUAUAUCUUUAAAAAAGAAUAUAUUAUAAAAGGAAUAUUAGAUACAUAAUUGUAUGUAACUUUUAUUAUUGUUACUUGAAAAUAGUAACAAUCACAUAUUGAUUAUAAACGUUUCGACUCUUACCGAUUUCUUUUUUUCCUAAAACAAUUUCUAAAAUUGUGUGGAUUGAUUAUUAUUUCUCUAUUCAUGUAUAUACUACUUGUGACAUACAUAUGCACUUUUAAGCAUUUGACGCAUUAACUCGUUAUUUUUACAAAUUUUUUGAGAGAGUUCAAUUCCAUUGUAUAUAUACGUAAAUCAAUGUUAUAUUUCGUGUUUGCAAUCGUCAUUUAUGACGAAUUUUUAGAUUUUAUUGGUCUCAUUAUCCAUCCAUAAGUAGCAUAAUCAGGCAAAUGAACUUGCCAUUGAAUGUAAAAAGAAUGUUAAAAUAUAUAGAAUGGGAUUGUGCACAGGAAAAAUUAUACAUUAUGGACAUAUUCAAUACAUAUGAAUAAUAUGUAUAUCAUUUUAGUCCCAUUUUCCUAUGUACAAGUAUCAAUAAGGCUGAUAGAUUGUAAAUAAGAAUUCCGAAUAUUUCAUUGAUCGUACUACCGAUUAAGGAAAUACGUUUCCUUUUAGGCCGUUUUCUUCUGUUCUUUGUGUAUUGUUCAUCAUUCAUUCAUGUUGUAUAUCUAUUUACAGUUCAUGUGCUAUUUCUUAAAUACACUAAAAAGUUUUUCAUGCUCCUACCUACUGAUACGAGUUAUGAUAUCAGUAGGAUUUAGAGUCGUAAUUUACAAAUAAUCUUCUAAUGUUCAUGCAAUCAUCACCCCUUUUUGAACGUAAAUUCGUAUUUUGAAAUAUGACGACAAAGCAUUGUACGCAUGAUAUUUUUUAAAGUAACAAUAUUCGUGUAGACUCAAAUCAGAGAAUACAAUUUAUAUUAUUUUAUGUGCUUGAUAACUUAGCAAAAGUUAAUAUAGAUUAUCUAUUUAUCCUGAUUAUCUUUGAACGAUGCUUUGUACAAAUAAGAAUUAUGAAAUUACGAGAAAAGGGUAAUUAUCUGCGUAUAAUUAUCUACGUAUAUGUGUAUACACCAUGUUCAUUGUAAAAAAAAAUUAUCGUUAACUCGUUUUUAUGUCAUUGACAUCGAUGUCAAGCGUAUUGAGGUAGAUUGUCGUUCUAUUUUCGUUUUCUUUAACUAGCGUUAUGAUAUAUAAAUGUAUAAUAUAUUAAGAAAAGUAUAAUAUAUUAAGAUGUAAACUAUGCUCAUUUUUAUGGUUAAGAGAAUUCGACUAUUCUUACCUCAUGAUCGCCUGACGUUGAUAAGAAUCUAAACUUUUUUACAUACUAUCAUACUGUUAGUAAAGAUAUAAAUGAUCCCGCGUGUAAUCAUUAUAUUAUGGGGUGUUUAGUUAAGUGAAUGGCAAACUUUCCAAUUUGUCAUUAUCAUCAUAGUACAAAUAGCAAAUUUAAAGUGUCUAUGUUUAGUGUCACUCUUGAUCCCUUUAAUUUAUCAAGCAAAUUGUUCAUAUGUUUUAUGAUUCUUGGUGAUGCAUUUCGUGCUUAGCCACCCUGCUCAUGUUUUGUAUGUCUAAAAAAGUAUGCAUAGAAAUGAUAUUUCUACAAUUAAUUGUUAUUGAACCAAUUACAAAUUGGUUAACUUAUGUAGUAUCUAUUAUAUCUUGUUAAUUAAAAAUAUUAUAAUACAUAUAAGUGACUUUUAUGUGUUUCUUGAAGCCUCGUAAUAAGAUAACAAUAUGUAAUUCGUAUUUAUAUGAACAUUUAUUAAUGGCAGUGAAAGAAUAUGUAAUAGUCAUUUGGUAUGAAAGAAAAUUACAAACCUGCCUCAUCAAAUAGAAAUCAAAAUCUUUGCUCGAUCAGAAAAUAUGUUACAAAAUGAACAAAACGUGACAUAAACAGAUGGCACUACAGGAUUCGCUAUAUAUUUAAUCUUAUAAUACUGUAAAUACUACCUUUAUUAUAUUUUAUACUCUGCUGUUUGCACAUUAGUGAUUUUUACAAUUUCUUUCUGUAAGAUAACAUAGCACAAUUCAACACGAUUGUGUUAUACAUCCUUCUUGUACAUUUCUAUACAUAUAUCUUUACAAGUAAAAUGACAAUUUUCGAAUUAUUGUAUGGUCGAAAUACAAUAUUGAUUUGCAUCCUGUGCAAGCAAUGUCAAAAACUUUUAUGUAAAGCGAUCGUCUCUCCGUAAUCUUGUUUGUAAAAAUGGAAACGAAGAAGAAGAGAGAUAGAGAGAGGGAGAGAAAGAAGGAGAAAAGGAGAAAGAAAGGAGAAAAAAGAAAGUUAAACUUUAUGAUGACAGUAUUACGCUUCUGCGUAAGGUAACCGCAUAGUAAUAUAUUAAUCAUUACUUUUUAGAAAUACUGAGAACUAAUAAUUUAAAUUAAAAUCUCCAUCAUGCAAUAUGUGAGUCGUUUUCUAUUGUCAGAUUAUAUAUAUAUAUAUAUAAUAUAAUAAUAUAUAUAUAUAUAUUCUUUUUUUUUUCAAGCUUGCACAGUUGUACUUUCACACGAAAAUUGGAAGUAUUAGUUCCUACUCUUUUUCCCAUUUCACUAUGUAAUGAAAUAAAAACGACACAUAUAUUUGCAUUCGUAUUGUGUGUACAGAAUUAAUUACCGACCAAGCUAAUCAUUGUACAGGCUAAUUUAGCUUUUAACUUCGGUGCUCUCGAGAACUUAUCGAACACUGUGUAAAUUUCGCCGUAGUUAUUAGGAUACCUGCGAAUGUGAUUCGCUUUUUAUGAGCUUCUUUGAAGAGAAAUGCGCCUCCAAAUUAUACUGCACUUUGCACAUUAAAUGAAAGCAUAAUAAAAGUUAUAUAACUGUUUAAUUACAGUUAUCGUAUAUCUUUAUUAAGUACUUUCACAUUCAUAUAUGUAUAUGACCUCAAUACUUUUAUAUUAAUUUUAUAUCCAUGUUUUUAUGUAUAUAUAUUUAUACUCAAUUCGAAUAUGUUAACAUUGGUGAAUGAUAAUCAAAGCAAGGUGUUGAGAAUUAUAAGAAACUUGUAAUAUUGGAGGUGUAUAGCUCUUCGUAGAUUGCCAAAGAAUGAUAGAAAAUAUAACUGAAUUCCGUUUCUCUGUUUUUUCAAAUUGAGAGAAAGAAUUGAUAUUACUGUGCACGAUGAGGAGAUUCAUGCAGAAAUUUAUAAAAAUGUUUACAGUCGCGUUGUUCAGUGCAGCAUAGAUAUUGAAACGAAGGAAUAUAAAGACAAGAGUUUACCAUGUAUGCAAACAUUAAUUUCGAGGGACUCGUUUUCCACUGUUUAAUGAAACAAAAUUAAAACAAAAAAGAUGUUAAACGUGAUUAAAUUAAAUUUUUGUCUUUUUGUUUACAUGAUUAGCAUUAAAAAUUGAUCUUAAGAUUGUAUAUCCAGUAGAUCGCAUUCUUGCAGUAAUCAUUUCCUAAUUUCUGUUUCCAAAUAAAUUAAAUAUGAUUAAAUGAUAAUACAAAAACAAAACACAUAUAUAGAGAAGCAUAAAUAAUGAGAUGAAAAAAAGAUAAAUUCUUAGUAUAUUCAAUACGGAAAUAUUAUAACGAUUGAAAUAUGUACACAUAUAACUUGUGUCAAGACUGAAUUAUCAAGACUUGUAGGAAGCAUAACAUUUUUGUAAAUAAUACUGCCUGGAAAAAAUAUAUGUAGAAAUUAUAUGAAAAAAUUGCAAGCAUUGCAAUCUUCGUUCAAAUAUGUAUUUUAAUCCUAAUGUCCUGUCUAUUUCAUAGAAUCAAUAUGCGUUCCUGAAUAUAUUUAAUUGUUUCAAUAAAAACAAAACAGAAAGUACAGUAAGAUAAUAAAAUAUUUAAAAUGA